AUGGGAUAUUCGUCGGCGAGAGAGGUUCCGUUUGAGAAUCAAGGACCGGUUUCGGAUCCUGGAUCGGAAUCUGGAGGGCCAGAGAUUGGAUCCCCUGAUCCGCAAGCUAUGCGAGAAAAACCUGAAGCCGAUGUCUUGGAGACACUUACAAUAGCAAGUGAAGUGUUGACGGAUGGUGAGAAGCCGAAUGUGGGGAAGAAGCGAGCUAAGACUCAAUGGCCACUUUCUCAGUAUUCUCAGGGUCAAUUGCUAACUUUGGUUGAAUAUUUGAUGCUUUUGUACCGCUCUUUGCUGCCUACCCUUGUAUGGUACUGUUUCUUCUUGAACAAGGAUUAUGGAAGCCUCUUCUCCUCUCUUAUGACAGGACUGUACCUGACUUUCAAGCUCACUUCUGUAGUUGAGAAACUGGCUGAUGGUAAAGUCUUUGUCACGUAA